AAACCCAUCUUUCUCGUCAAUCGCUCCUAAACGAACCCCUCGACGACAUAGAACUACAGAAGAGAGGACGUCGCGGCCGGAGGUCGCCGGCGAAGGCAUAGACGGGAUCGAUCGCUCCUAACAUAAACUCUAAACAAUAGAAAAACGAGGAAGUCGCGGCCGAAGCUCGCCGGCGAAGGCAUCGACGGGAUCUCCACGUGUGAAGGAGAAGAGUUGAGUAUACAGAAAAAAAACUGUUACUUAUAUGCCGUAGCGAUUGGCGGAUCGGAAGUCAAGACGGAAGCUUACCAGGUGUAGAGAGCUAGCACGCGUCGCUUCUUCGGCUCCUUCGUGGCUGUUCGACUUCGCUCCUUCGACGACUUUACCUUCCUUUCGGAUAGGAAGUUACGAUAUUUUGAUUGGAUGCAACAACGGGAGCUCGCUGGCUUUGAAGCUACACUUUGUUUAAAACCAAAGGCAUCUACACAGCAGUAUGAGGAGAAGACCUGGAAUUGCUGGUUUACAAACUGCUGUUGCUGCUCGAGACCAAUAUCGACUGCUUGGAGAAAAUGUUGCAAAGAUCCGAGCAGAUCUCAUGAAAGAGCAGCUUGCAACAUUUAAAUCUCAAUUGGAAGAGUUUGCUCAGAAGCACAAGAAUGAUAUUCGUAAAAAUCCUACUUUUAGAUCGCAAUUCCAUGAGAUGUGUGCUAAAGUUGGAGUGGAUCCCCUGGCCUCCAACAAGGGAUUUUGGGCAGAAUUACUAGGAAUUGGUGACUUUUAUUAUGAACUUGGGGUGCAAAUUGUUGAAAUUUGCUUGGCAACUAGAUCACAUAAUGGAGGUUUGAUCAAUUUGCAAGAGCUUUGCAGUCUACUCUCUCAAAGAAGAAGAACUGCUCGAGAGGCAAUAUCUGAAGAUGAUUGCCUGCGUGCUAUUAGUAAACUGAAGGUUCUUGGUAGUGGUUUUGCGGUUAUCUCCAUCGGGAGAAAGAAACUUGUUCGAUCAGUUCCCACCGAGUUAAACAGAGAUCAUAAUGAGAUUCUUGAACUUGCUCAGGGUCAAGGCUAUGUGACGGUGGAAGAGGUUGAGAGAAGGCUUUCUUGGUCAUCUGGUCGUGCCAUGGAUGCCUUGGAGACACUUUUAAAGGAAGGCCUGGCCAUGAUUGAUGAUGGACACAGAGAUGGCAAGCGGCGAUAUUGGUUCCCCUGUGUUGCUUCCAUUUUUGUCACGGCUGGAGCCUGAUGGAGUGAAGAGUUGAGAGGCUUUAAGAGCUCAUUCAUCAAAAAAGUAUGUUGAGCAUAGCUUCUUUGAUUGUUAUGUACUUAUUAUCAUUAAUUUAUGUCAAGCAAGUAUAUAUAUAUAUAUAUAUAACUCCAUCGGGCUUAGCUGGGUUGGUGGACGAGUAUGGUUGGGAACACUCCAACUCAUGUUCGAAUUCUCUCUCAUGCGGCGCGACCCCUUAAAUGGAGAGUUCUUUAAGGGUUAUUUGUGAUAGCCAUAGUUUGUAAAAUUUAUUAUGAAUUUGUUAUGGUGAAAAAAGAAAAUUUGAAGUUAUUGAUGGUAUUA